GUUGAUGAUCGACGUCACGCACUGUUCGUGUUAUUGUUUUGAUCGUGGAAAUCGGGAGAAAAAGUUACGAAAACUAAGACUUCCAAGCGCGGUAAAACCACGGAUCUUGGAAGAGACCUCUGCAUUAUUAAGAUGGGAGGAGCUGUGAGUGCAGGCGAAGACAAUGAUGACCUUGUCGACAAUUUGGUGGAUGCCGACUACAUCAAGACCCCAGGCGUCGAGAAAGUAUUCCGUGCGGUGGACCGAGCCAGUUAUUAUCUACCAGAUCAUCGGGACAGUGCUUAUAAAGACUUAGCUUGGAAACAUGGGAAUUUGCAUCUAUCGGCGCCAUGUAUAUAUUCUGAAGUAAUGGAGUCUUUGAAGUUGAAAUCGUCGUUAUCGUUCUUGAAUCUUGGGAGUGGCACUGGUUAUCUGAGUACCAUGGUUGGGCUUAUAUUAGGUCCUUAUGGUAUGAACCAUGGAGUAGAGAUACACCCUGACGUUGUCAACUAUGCCAGCGAGAAACUCGAAGAGUUUAAAAAAAACUGUGAUGCAUUUGAUGAAUUUGAAUUCUGUGAGCCGGAAUUCGUCGUUGGAAAUUGUCUACUACUGAACGGAGCAAGCAAGCUGUAUGACCGGGUCUACUGUGGCGCUGCCUGUCCACAAGAACAUGAAAACUACAUGAAGAAUUUAAUCAGAAUCGGUGGAAUUUUGGUGAUGCCUGUUAAUGAUCAGUUACUACAGGUCACAAGAACUGGCGAGACCACCUGGGAGUCAAAGACAGUCCUCCCUGUCUCCUUUGCGUCAUUGGUGGAACCCAGCCGAGACAAGAAUGUGGAGAUGGUCGAAUUACCUGAGACAGCAACGCUAAACUUGCAAGAAAUCUGCCGUAUCACAAUUAGGAAGAUUCUCCGCGAUGUGAUUCAGCUCGAACACCCGCAGAAUGGCAGAAAGAAACGCAAGAAACCGAAAAAGAAACGUGCCAAUAAGAAACGGGUCAAUAUUGUGCCGAUGAGCAUGGGUAUGAUGAUCCUCAGUCAUUUCGAUAGCGACAGUGAUGAUGACAUGAUGCAUCUCAAUCAUCCAAGGUUUUCAACUCGUGACAGAGAUGCCGAGAUGGAAGACAUGGCAUCGGGUUCUGACAGUGAGACAGAGGUCAAGACGAAGGAUGUGGAGUUAGAUGUCGACGAGGGAGAGAAGGUGACAGAGGACAAGUCGGAGGACAGCGCGUGCGAGUGUGAUCGGGAGGAGCAUGAUGCGGUAUGGAAACGCCGUGAGAACAGGAGCUCGCGAGAGGAGAACGGGCAGAGGAUUGGGUUACGGCAUCGAGUACGGAGGUCAACGUCACCCGUUCUGAGCAGUGGAGAGAGAGACCAUGAGAUGGAUCCGGCGGAGAUGUCAUGUGAUCAGCCAGUCAGCGAAGAGAAGCGCCGUCAGAGAGGAGAAAGCGAGAGUAGUCUGAGCACUGGUGAGAAGUCCGAUGUGUACGGUACAAGUCCAGGUGGGAAUUCCACAGCUGAUACCGAAACGUCUGGUUUGGGGACAUUAUUUAGCUCUGAUCGGUCAGCGAAUUCGAGCUCGGCUGAUGUGUCGCCGUCAACCAGCGCGGAUGCAUCGGAGGGCACUAUAAUGACCACUAUCGAAGAAGAAGGAAAUGCUGCAACUGGCGAUGUUACUCCCCCGAAAAUCAAACUUGGUGACCUCCUGAAGCGCUUUGGCGGGCGCCAGUACGAGGGUGAGGAUGAGGAACAGAUGGACCUGAGUGAUGAAGAGGAGGAGCAGACACCAAGGGAAUCCUACCGCAUCUUCAUGAAGGAGAAAGUGAAUCAGUUGCCAAUCCCAGAGGCGCUGAAAGCCUAUUGUCUUUAUUACAGAAACUAAGCCGCCAGAAUUGGUGCUAGACUUUUGUUUCUGCUGCAGGUAAUUUCUCAUGUUAACGGUUGACCAUAGGUACCACCAUUUGGCCAGAAGUUGAAAUCCUAAAGCAAUUAGAACUCUUUCAAACCAAAGUGAAUGCCAAUAUUAAGGGUGGGAGUCUCCCAGGUUUUAAAUGGGCAUUCACUUCAUUUUGAUGAAGUUCUAAUUGCUUUAAUAGGAUUUCGAGUUCUAACCUAAAUGGCGGUACCUUCCUAUGGUCAACCCUUAAGACUACAAGACUUAUGAUACUUCAGGCUCAUUCAAGUUGAGAGUUAACAGAAAAUCGACACAAAAUUAGCUGUGGACAGAAUGGGACAGGGUACAUUUUAGUGUGGCACAUUUUUUUGUGUGAAUGCUUUGAUCUCUUGAUAUGACCUAUUGCGGGACAUUCCUUGAACCCUUUUUGCUGUUGGAGUGCACUAUUAAAAAGCUGCAGCUCACAAUUAGUUUUCAUUCAAUUUUCAAGUCAUUGGCCUGAAUCAGCAUUUUUGUAAAAUUGGACAAAACUUGGAUUGUGUGCCGCAGGCAUUGGAGUUAUCUACAGAUGAUGUGACCUUAAUGUGGAUUUAGUGUUUUACACCCCUCUGCUGCAGUCUUCCCUUGCACUUUGGCUUGACCCAUCAUGUUGCAGUUAAUUUAAAGAAGUAAGUUGCAAUCUUCAAUGCACUGUGUAAUAUUAUAUUAUGAUUCAAGUUGCAAGGAUUUGAAAGAUAUCAGAUGAUUAAUCUUCAGUGCCAUAUUCAUGAAAUAAAUUAAGAAUCUUUCUGGAAAUAUUGGAGGUGUUCUUGAUGAUGUUUCAAUUUUUUGGAAAGGGGUGUCAUUUUCACAGCCCACAGAAGUCCUCAUUUCAAAAAGGGUUAAUGCAAGUGUUUUGAUACCAAGAUGUUCAUGUAUAUAUAUAUGGUAGUUUGUAAAUUGAACAAUAUGUAGCAUGCUAAGACAUUGUAUUUAUCCAGUUUUUCAAAUCAUGUCCAGCAACAUCAUCUCCAAGGUGUCUUUAAAGGCGUCACCAAAUGGGCAAAACCAUAGCCAGCAAGGGGUGUCCUAGAAGUCCAUGUAGUGCAUUGUAUCAGUACUACAGGUACAGGUGACCCCCUACUGACAGUACACCCAUUCACUUAUUCCCCGGGGAAUUGCUGUUACCUGUUCAAAAGACAUCAUCACUUUGGAGAUGAGGUAAGGUUGCUAGUUGUAUGUUGGAUUGAAAAAAAAAAUAAGUAUGUAUAGUUGCUUUUGAGUAACGAAUCAUUGAUUUAUUUGGGUAUAAAUGUGAGUGAAGACUAGUAAACGCUUUUACUUUACUUUUGUGUGGACAUGAUGCUGUUCUGAGCUAACAUGUUAGGAUUCUUAUAACUUUGCCAAGGGGUAAAUGUGCAUGAAGUUUUCAGUAAAGGUUUUGACUAGUCUUUAUUUACAUCGCUCAUCUAGAGUUCAAUAAUUAUUGGAGCUUAUACCCAUCUUGUACAUAUUCGUAUAAAUUGUAUCAAUAUUCUGAUGUUUCCAUUAUGCAUUUUUGCAGAAUCGUGGCAGGAAAAGGAGUGUCUUGAAAUAAUGCUGGGCCGGCACUAAUGAAGAGGUGCAGUUUGCAAUAAAUCAUACUCGAGAUAUAUUGGUCCAAGUUUGGCAUUUAUGCCCCCUAAGUGUAUUGGAGUCGCCCCAUCCUGACGUUAUCGGUGGUUUUAAAUAUACUCCGCCUCUCGAUGUAGGAGUAUCAAAAACCUGUAUCUCAGGAUGGAGUCAGCCUUGCACACUGUCGAGUACGCAAAGAGCGGGGCAGUAGUUUCUUCAGUGAAUGAAUUUUUCUCAUCUGGUGGAGACGUGCGUGUACUUCUUCUGUGUUUGGGAUGAGCAACAAUGUUGGGAUGGGGAUUUUUCAUGACGGGACUAUACUAGUAUUUGAACUUGACGUUCCAAUAGAACUUUUUGUAGCCUUAAAAAUAGUCUAAAAGAAAAAAUGACCGUUGUGUACAAUUUACUACAGUACAGUAUAACUGGCAGCUAAUUUUUGGAUUUCGUGUAAUAACGCCUGCUCAGUUAGCUGUUGUGAAGUUGUAAUAUAAUGUUUAACCACAUGUCAAGACUUCAUUGAGGUUUUGCCAAAAACUCAUCUUAGAAAUCACAUGUGAGACAAAGGAUCUGUUCGAAAUCAUACCCAACCCAAGAUUACUGGAUGAUCGAGCCGAGUCAGUUACAGUCCAAGUCACAAUUGACAUCCUUCCUCCUUGGUGUCAGUUACGUGCAACGUACGUGCCUAUGGUGCGAAUUAAGGCAUGAUAAUUAUGAUUUGGACUGUGUCUGCAACAAACAUUGCAGCCACCUUAGAUUAUAUUGUGCAGCAGAAAUUGCAGUGCACACACGCUGCAUAUUUGCAUGUGUCCUGCAACAAAAGUUGGAGUGUGUGCGCCUAGCAUACUUGGUGUUGGUUCUUAAAGCUGUUUUUUAAAAAGUGUGUGAUAGAAAUAGAAAUAUUGCCACCUCAGAGUUAACUAGUUGUAUCUGCAUUUUUGUCAAAAAACCCUUUUUUUCACAUAGCAUGCAGAGAAACUAGUUAAUUCUGAGCUAACGAUACGUCAAAUGGUGCUGGAAGCAGUGUUUUGCUGUUUCUGUUUUCUUGUUUGUGCCAAUUCAGAUAACCGAAAAAAUUGUGAAAUUUCUUUAUUAUAAUAAUUAAUAGAUUAAUAAAAUGUUAUAAACUUCUUGUAUUUGCAGGAUUUGUGUAGGCGUUGAUAAAUGUGCGAUGAUUGUCAGCAUCUGCGAAAAAGUUUAUCCGACCAUGAAAUAUGUAACUUACAAUAUAAAGUUUAAUUUUCUCACCAUCAAUGUUUAGAGUCACUUCAACGUUUCAAAUUGACCAGUGUGGCUGCUAUGACACCUAGUGGUCAGACAACAAACUAGUGAAGAAGAUAGUGGAACCAUUUGAAACACCAAGGUGAUAGUGUGAAAACUAACUUUAUAUCAUCAUUGUCAGUAUUGAAGGUUUCAAAAUGGGGUUUAUGAAAUAGGCGUACAUGUACAAGUAAAGAUCUCGAAAAUAUCAAUUAUCACCCAAAAUGGGUGUGUCACUUCAAGAUAAUCUAUGGUGUGUUACAAGAAAUAAAUUUUCAGGGUCAGACAUUUACUUUCCAUUUGCAAACAACUGUCAAAAUAGAUUUUCAAAGUGAUUUUGCUGGCCAUACUAAUUUACAUGCAUCGAGUUCUAGAUUGAAAGCACUGAGUGAUAAAAUAAAUGAUAGCUUGCUUUUAUACCUACAACGAUUUUGAAAAUAUCCAAAUAUUUACAAAUUCCACAGGAAUGACAACAAGUUUUUAUAGGUUUUUCAGUUGUCUAUUGAUUAUCAAAACCAUUCAAAAAAUCAUAGCAUUUGAAGACAUGAACAAUUCAACUUUAUUUGUCUGUUGAAAAGGUCAUAACAAAAUGGCCAUUGGCAUUGGUAUUAAAGCAAAACAUCUAUUAGAAUUACAGAAUCCAAUUGUAAAUAUUUCCUCAGAUUGAAUUUUAUUGACUUUUGUUGUGUUCUUUGACAUUAUUGAUGUCCUGUAAAUAUGGAUUAUAUCAUAAUAUUGUACGUUAACCAAACAAAGCUUUAUAAAGAUGA